AUGACCGACCAAGUCAAGCACGAGCUCUCAUACGACGAGAAGGUGGACACGGAGGUCGUACCCCGCACCGAGGCCGAGGCCUGGGUCGACGGGCUGAGCGAGACCGACUUUGCCAUCGAGCAGAAGAAGCUCCUCCGCAAGAUCGACACGCGCCUCCUGCCCACCCUCUUCGUCCUCCUCAUCCUCAACUAUCUCGACCGCAACGCCCUCGCCUCGGCCCGCGUACAGGGCCUCGAGGCUGACCUAGGCCUCGUGGGUAACCAGUUCAACAUUGCCAUCUCAGUGCUGUUUGCCGGCUACAUUCUCGGCCAGAUCCCUUCCAACCUCAUCCUUUCACGCGUUCGCCCUUCGAUCUACCUCUCCCUCUUUGUGGCGCUGUGGGGUGCCGUGUCGACUUGUACGGCGGCCUCGCAGAACUUUACCCACCUCGUGGUGAUCCGUUUCUUCCUGGGUAUCACCGAGUCGCCGUACUUUCCAGGCGCGCUCUUCCUCCUCUCGUCAUGGUACACUAAGCGCGAGCUUGCAUUCCGCACUUCUGUGCUGUACACUGCCUCGCUCCUCUCUGGCGCGUUCGGCGGAUUGAUCGCGGCAGGCGUACAGAGCGGGAUGGACGGUGUGGCAGGCCUCGCGUCCUGGCGCUGGCUUUUCAUCCUCGAGGGUGGAGUCACAAUCUGUGUCGCCCUCAUCUCCGCCAUUGUGUUGCCCGACUAUCCCGCUACCACGCGCUGGCUCUCGGAUCGGGAAAAGGCACUCGCCGUCGCCCGCCUGCAGCGCGACACGGGAGUCGUCGACGCCGAGACCAUGACACUGUGGCAGAGCUUCGUCGCUGCAGCGACAGACUACAAGCUCUGGGUCCUAGCCCUCAUCAUCAUCACCAAGACGACCGCCGGCGCAGUCACCCAGUUCAUCCCCACCGUCGUCAACACGUUUGGCAUGGACAAGGUCCUCACCCUGGUUCUCACGGCGCCACCAUACCUUUUCGCGGCCGCCAUCUCCCUCUGGAUCAGCUGGAGCUCUGACCGCCGGCCCGAGCGCUGCUUCCACCUCCUCACCCCGCUGCUGUUCGGCAUGGUCGGCUUCGUAGUGGCCGCCACGACAAAGGGUACAGCGCCGCGAUACUUUUCCCUCUUCCUGAUGGUUGGCGGCAUGUUCGGGAGCUACAAUGUUGCCUUGGCUUGGAUCUCGAGCACCUUUGCCCGACCGAGGGCUAAGCGCGCUGCGGCUUACGCGACGAUUAACAGUCUCGGAAACAUUGCCCAGAUCUGGUCGCCGUACCUCUACGACAAGAGGUAUGGGCCAAAGUACACGCUCGCGUUUAGUGUCAAUGCGUGUAUGGCCGCCGCGAGCGUUGCAUUCUGCCUCGUCCUCCGGAUGUGUCUGCUGCGCGAGAACCGUAAUAUGGAUGCGCGGGAGGAGGACCCGGAGGAGGAGAAGCGCAUCCGGUACAUUCUCUAG